CCCGCCCACUGCGCGCGGGCGGACGCGCCAUGUGGGCCCUGCGGGCCUCCGUCCGCCGGGGCGCGCGCCUCUCUCGCGCGGCUGCAGGCCGCCCCACGGUGGGGGCCGCCGCUCCGCUGGCACCCUGGCCCGAGCGCUCGCGAGCCGCCUUCGGCCCCGGGGGCCCGGGGGGCCCGGAGCGGCGGGGAGGCGGAUGGCGGAGCUGCCGGAGAAGCGCGGCCGGAGAGGAGGCCGCGGGGCCGGAGGAUGCGGAGGGAGACGAGGAGCUGCUGCGCGGGGACCCUCUGCUGCCGGCGGGGUCCCAGCGCGUGUGCGUGGUGCACCCCGAGGUCAAGUGGGGACCCGGAAAGCCGCGGCUGACCCGAGCUGAGUGGCAGGUGGCGGAGGCUGAAGCUCUGGUCCACACUCUGGACGGCUGGUCGGUGGUGGAGAGGAUGGUGGUGCCCACCAAGACGCCAGACGGGAAGCUCAUCUUCGGCAGAGGGACCCUGCAGCACCUGACAGAGAGGAUUAGAGGGAUGCCAGGAGUCACAGCCGUCUUUUUGAACGUCGAGAAGAUGGCCGCGCCCACCAAGAAAGAGCUGGAGGCCACCUGGGGCAUCCAGGUGCUAGACCGCUUCACCGUGGCCCUGCACAUCUUCCGCUGCAACGCCCGCACGUGGGAGGCCCGGCUCCAGGUGUCGCUGGCCGAGCUGCCCCUGCUCAGGUCCAACCUGAAAAAUGAUACUGCCCACCUGGAGAGACGAGGAGGGGGCUCUCGCUACAUCAUGGGGUCAGGAGAGUCUUCCAUGCAGGUGCAGCAGCGUCUCUUGAGAGAGAAGGAGACGAAGAUUCGGAAAGCCCUGGAGCGACUCAGGCGGAAAAGGCAGCUUGUGGGGCAGCAGCGCAGGCGGCGGGAGUUCCCCGUCAUCUCCAUGGUGGGGUACACGAAUUGCGGGAAAACCACACUGAUCAAGGCCCUGACGGGAGACCCUGCCAUCCAGCCCCGGGAUCAGCUGUUUGCAACACUGGACAUCACAGCCCACGCUGGGUCGCUGCCCUCCCGCAUGACUGUCCUGUACAUGGACACCAUCGGCUUUCUCUCCCAGCUGCCCCACGGCCUGAUCGAGUCCUUUUCUGCCACGUUGGAGGAUGUGGCCCAUUCGGAUGUGAUUGUCCAUGUGAGAGAUGUGAGUCACCCUGAGACCGAGCUGCAGAAAGCCAGCGUCCUGUCCACGCUGCGAGGCCUACGCCUGCCCGCGCCGCUGCUGGACUCCAUGGUGGAGGUGCACAACAAGGUGGACCGUGUGCCUGGGUACAGCCCCACGGAACUGCAUGCGGUGGCCGUGUCUGCCCUCCUGGGGCUGGGGCUGGAAGAGCUGAGAGCCCAGCUGGAGGACGCCGUGCUGCAAGCAACUGGCAGGCGGGUCCUCGCGCUUCGAGUCCCGCUGGCAGGAGCACAGCUGAGCUGGCUGCACACGGAGGCCACAGUGCAGGAUGUGGCUGUGCUUCCCGAGGCGGGCGUGGCCGACGUCAGGGUUGUCAUCAGCCACUCUGCCUACGGCCGAUUCAGGAAGCUCUUCCUGGAGUGACAGGAGCCUAGGGCUGCAGCGCCCCUCUGUCCCACCCCCACCUUCACUCAGGACGUGGGCUCAGGGUCCAGCACGUCUCCCCGAGGAGGCUUUACCCGGAUACAGUAAAGGCUCCGCGGGUAUUUGCCAA